AAAAGGGAGGCACAAAUGAUUAAUAAAGUUAAGAGGGGUUAAAAUGAAGUUUCUUGAAAUCCAAGAUUUUGAAGCAAUAAAUAAGGCGCUUGUUUUUGAUGCAGAUGAUUGCCGUGUUUUAGGACGAUGUGAAUUGUAUACAACUAAAGCGGCAGGAAAGGACAAGAAACUUUAUAAAACUAUUGAUAAAUCAUUGGAAACACGAUAUCAGGAAGAUUUAGCAUUAGAAAGAUCAUUAGAAUCGGGAGUUAGUAUGAUGCAACAAAUGUCACCAUUUGGACCGUUAGAUCACCCAUCAUCACGAAAAACAUUUGCGUAUAUAGUAGCAACAUUGAAUGCAUCACAUCCAGAUUAUGAUUUUACUAAUCUUCAGCCGGAAGAUUUUCGUAAAGAGCGCUCGCUGGCGAUGACGCUUAACGUAUUGAAUAUGACAUUAUUAAAUUUAAGCCGGCAACAAUUUUCGAUAUGUGGUCUUUGGGAGGUGAUUGAUAAGCAUAUUGAAUUAUCUCAGUGUGAUAUAUAUGUAUACCAACCAGAUAGUGAUUCUAAUCCUUUAGGAGAAGAAGGAUUAAUAUGGAGUACAUGUUAUUUCUUCUUUAAUAGAACAAUGAAAAGGGUUUUAUAUAUUAAUCUUAGUAAAGUUUCUUUCCAACGCUCAAGACAUAUGGAUGAUGAGAUAGAAGAUGAUGAUACACUUUCGACUGAUAAAGGAUGUAUUUAUAGUGAAUUUGAACAAGAUAUAGCUAAGAAAAUGGAUAUUUAAGGAGAAGAAUAAUUCCUAGAUAUUAAUUGUAUUUUUCAGGUUACGC